AUGUGGGUGUGUGUAGAGGUAUGUGGUUGUAGAGGUGGGGGGUUGAGAGGUGGGGGGGGGGGUGUAGAGGGUUUGUGGUUAGAGUGUUUGUUAGAGUGUGGUGUUAGAGUUUGGGUUAGAGUGUGUGAGUGGGGGUUAGAGUUGGUGUUUAGAGUGGUGUGUGAGAGGGUGUGGUUUAGAGUUUGGUUAGAGUGUGGGUUAGAGAAUGUGGGUGGGGAAGGGGGUGGGGGGGUGAGGGGUGUGGUGAGUGUGGUGUUGGAGGGUGGUGGGGUAGAUUGGUGUGAGUGGGGGGGGUGUGGGUGGGGGGGAGAGUGUGGGGUAGAGUGGGGGGGGAAUGAGGGGGGGGGGGUUAGAGGUGGUGUUUAG